UUCGCCAAGCAGCCUCCCAUUCCCACUCUCCUCAGCGGACCAUAAUGCCGCAGCAGCUGCUCUCCAGGAAGGCCGCGUGCAACACCCAUGGACAGGACUCCUCCUACUUCCUGGGAUGGCAGGAGUACGAGAAGAACCCUUACGAUCCCAAGACGAACCCCACCGGCAUCAUUCAGAUGGGUCUCGCAGAGAACCAGCUCUCCUUCGACCUGAUCGAGUCGUGGCUCGAAAGCCACCCCGACGCUACGGGGCUCAGGCGAGACGGCGUCCUCGUGUUCCGCGAGCUGGGCCUUUUCCAGGAUUAUCAUGGCCUGCCUGAGUUCAAGAAGGCACUGGCGGAUUUCAUGGGAGAGUAUAGACGAAACACAGUGAAAUUCGAUCCCCACAAGCUCGUCCUCACGGCAGGCGCCACUUCUGCAAACGAGACUCUCAUAUUUUGCCUCGCCGAACCCGGCGAAGCAUUCCUUCUCCCUACUCCAUACUACCCGGGCUUCGACAGGGAUCUCAAAUGGCGAACUGGUGCAGAAAUCGUUCCUGUACGUUGUUCAAGCUCCAAUGGCUUCCGGAUCACUAAGGCGGCGCUCGAGAAAGCCCAUCGACGGGCACGAAAGCUUCACUUGAGAGUAAAAGGAGUUCUGAUGACCAACCCUUCCAAUCCAUUGGGCACGACGAUGACACAGGUCGAGCUCGACACCCUGAUCGACUUCGUCGUCGCCAAAGACAUCCAUCUCAUCAGCGACGAGGUCUACUCGGGCACCAACUUCGACUCUCCGGGGGUCAUCAGCGUCAUGGAGGCCAUCCAGGGCCGGAAAAAUGUGGCACAUCGCGUUCACCUCGUCUACAGUCUCUCCAAGGAUCUCGGCCUCCCUGGGUUCCGAGUCGGUGCAAUCUACUCUAAUAAUGAGACGGUGGUGGCUGCGGCCACUAAGAUGUCUAGCUUUGGGCUCGUCUCUUCCCAGACUCAGUACCUCCUCUCCGCACUGCUCUCAGACAAGGAGUUCAGAAGAAGCUACAUCGUGGAGAACCAGAGGAGGAUCAAAGAGCGGCAUGACCUGCUCGUUCGUGGACUCGAGAAAACCGGCAUCAAUUGCCUGAAUAGCAAUGCGGGUUUGUUCUGCUGGGUGGACAUAAGACACCUGCUGAAGUCCAACACCUUUGAAGGAGAGAUGGAGCUGUGGAAGACGAUGGUGUACCAGGUGGGGCUAAACAUCUCCCCGGGCUCCUCCUGCCACUGCGACGAGCCGGGGUGGUUCCGCGUCUGCUUCGCCAACAUGUCGGCGGAGACGCUCGAGCUGGCGAUCCAACGGCUCGACGAUUUCGUAGUUUCCUGUCAUGGCCACAAGCAAAAGAGGAGUCUCGGCCGGCGCCGGCGUCGUCUUCUCGUAGCGCGGUUUCGUCCUUCUCCUCUCCGCAUGCGACGAUCGUUUUGAGGGAGAAGGAUGUCGGAAGCGACGAAGCGGAGGAGGACGAGGAGGACAACGGAUGUGUCAGGAAGAAACUUAGGCUCACGAAGGAGCAGUCCGCCAUGUUGGAGAACAGGUUCAAGGAGCACACCUCCCUUAAUCCU